CCCCUCCUCCGCACACAGGGAAAGGAGGGUGGGGUGAGGAUGGGGCGCCAGGGUGGUGUGCAGAGGAGGUCGGCCAUGGAACUCUGAGCUGGCUCCCUGGGUAUCGGCACAGAGCUCCUGCCUGUGUGAGUGUGAGGGGGAGAGGGAGCAAGCGGGGAGGGAGCCAGAGGCAGGCUGCGCGAGGAGAGGAGGAGAGGAGAGCAGAGGAGAGGCAGGCAGGCGGAGAGGGGGAGCGCUCCAGCGCCAGCUAGCAUGAGGAUGGCUCCUUGUCCCUGCUCAGUUAAUCUGGCUGUCAGUUGGCGUUAACGCUGCAGUUUAAGUGCACGGAUUCCAAGGGAAACAAACCUCCCAGAAGGAAGGCGGAGAGGAAGGAAAGAAGGAAGCAACAGCAGGAGGAAAAGAAGCGGCAGAGCAGCGAGAGGAAGAAAGGAAGGUGGGGGGGGCGAGACACCAAAUCUAUGAUUGGACCUGGGCUUCUUUCUCGCCAAUGCAAAAAGGAAUAUGCAGCACAUUUUUGCCCUCUUCUGCACCGGUUUCCUAGGCGCGGUAGUAGGUGCCAAUUUCCCCAACAAUAUCCAGAUCGGGGGACUAUUUCCAAACCAACAGUCACAGGAACAUGCCGCUUUUAGAUUCGCUUUGUCGCAACUCACAGAGCCCCCAAAGCUGCUCCCCCAGAUUGAUAUUGUGAACAUCAGCGACAGCUUUGAGAUGACCUAUAGAUUCUGUUCCCAGUUCUCCAAAGGAGUCUAUGCCAUCUUCGGGUUUUAUGAACGCAGGACUGUCAACAUGCUGACCUCCUUCUGCGGGGCCCUCCAUGUAUGCUUCAUCACACCGAGCUUUCCUGUAGACACUUCGAACCAGUUUGUCCUUCAGCUGCGCCCUGAGCUUCAGGAUGCCCUCAUCAGCAUCAUCGACCACUACAAGUGGCAGAAAUUCGUCUACAUUUAUGAUGCUGACCGAGGUUUGUCCGUCCUGCAGAAAGUCCUGGACACGGCAGCAGAGAAGAACUGGCAGGUGACAGCAGUCAACAUUCUGACAACCACAGAGGAAGGAUACAGGAUGCUGUUUCAGGACCUGGAGAAGAAAAAGGAGCGGCUGGUGGUGGUGGACUGUGAAUCGGAACGCCUCAAUGCCAUCCUGGGCCAGAUUGUAAAGCUAGAGAAGAAUGGCAUUGGCUACCACUACAUCCUUGCCAACCUGGGCUUCAUGGACAUUGACUUAAAUAAAUUCAAGGAGAGUGGAGCAAAUGUGACCGGGUUCCAGCUGGUGAACUACACGGACACUGUCCCAGCCAAGAUCAUGCAGCAGUGGAAGACCAGCGAUGCCAGGGACCACACCCGGGUGGACUGGAAGAGACCCAAGUACACCUCUGCGCUCACCUACGAUGGGGUGAAGGUGAUGGCAGAAGCUUUCCAGAGCCUGCGGAGGCAGAGGAUUGAUAUAUCUCGCCGGGGGAAUGCUGGGGACUGUCUGGCAAAUCCAGCUGUGCCUUGGGGACAGGGAAUCGACAUCCAGAGAGCCCUGCAGCAGGUCCGAUUUGAAGGACUGACAGGAAAUGUGCAGUUCAAUGAGAAAGGGCGCCGGACCAACUACACCCUCCAUGUAAUCGAAAUGAAGCACGAUGGCAUCCGAAAGAUCGGCUACUGGAAUGAAGACGACAAGUUUGUGCCUGCAGCCACUGAUGCUCAAGCUGGGGGAGACAACUCGAGUGUUCAGAACAGAACCUACAUCGUCACCACCAUCCUAGAAGACCCUUAUGUGAUGCUCAAGAAGAAUGCCAACCAGUUUGAGGGCAAUGACCGUUACGAGGGCUACUGCGUCGAGCUGGCAGCGGAAAUUGCCAAGCACGUGGGCUACUCCUACCGUCUCGAGAUCGUCAGCGAUGGGAAAUAUGGAGCCCGAGAUCCUGACACAAAGGCCUGGAACGGCAUGGUGGGAGAGCUGGUGUACGGAAGAGCAGAUGUGGCCGUGGCCCCCUUAACUAUCACCUUGGUCCGGGAGGAGGUUAUAGACUUCUCCAAGCCGUUUAUGAGUUUGGGCAUCUCCAUCAUGAUAAAAAAGCCACAGAAGUCCAAGCCAGGAGUGUUCUCCUUCCUCGACCCUUUGGCUUACGAGAUUUGGAUGUGCAUAGUCUUUGCCUACAUCGGAGUGAGCGUUGUCCUCUUCCUGGUCAGCCGCUUCAGCCCCUACGAGUGGCACAGUGAAGAGUUUGAGGAAGGACGAGAUCAGACAACCACUGACCAGUCCAAUGAAUUUGGGAUAUUCAACAGCUUGUGGUUCUCCCUGGGAGCUUUCAUGCAGCAAGGAUGUGACAUUUCUCCCAGGUCCCUGUCUGGACGCAUCGUUGGUGGUGUCUGGUGGUUCUUCACCUUGAUUAUCAUCUCCUCUUACACGGCCAAUCUGGCUGCCUUCCUGACUGUGGAGAGGAUGGUGUCUCCCAUCGAGAGUGCAGAGGACCUAGCAAAGCAGACAGAAAUUGCUUAUGGGACCCUCGAAGCAGGAUCUACCAAGGAGUUCUUUAGGAGAUCUAAAAUCGCUGUGUUUGAGAAGAUGUGGACAUACAUGAAAUCAGCAGAACCAUCAGUUUUUGUGCGGACCACAGAGGAGGGAAUGAUCCGAGUGCGGAAAUCCAAAGGCAAAUAUGCCUACCUCCUAGAGUCCACCAUGAAUGAGUACAUCGAGCAGCGGAAACCCUGCGACACCAUGAAAGUGGGAGGUAACUUGGAUUCCAAAGGCUAUGGCAUUGCGACACCCAAGGGGUCUGCUCUGAGAGGUCCCGUAAACCUAGCGGUUUUGAAACUCAGUGAGCAAGGCGUCUUAGACAAGCUGAAAAGCAAAUGGUGGUACGAUAAAGGGGAAUGUGGAAGCAAGGACUCCGGAAGUAAGGACAAGACAAGCGCUCUGAGUCUCAGCAAUGUGGCAGGCGUGUUCUACAUCCUGAUCGGAGGACUUGGACUAGCUAUGCUGGUUGCCUUAAUCGAGUUCUGCUACAAAUCCCGUAGUGAAUCCAAGCGGAUGAAGGGUUUCUGUUUGAUCCCACAGCAAUCCAUCAACGAAGCCAUACGGACGUCGACCCUCCCCAGAAACAGCGGAGCAGGAGCCAGUGGCAGCGGCAGCGGAGAGAAUGGCCGGGUGGUCAGUCACGACUUCCCCAAGUCCAUGCAGUCCAUUCCCUGCAUGAGCCACAGUUCAGGGAUGCCCUUGGGAGCCACGGGAUUAUAACGGGAGCAGACGGAAAACCCUCGGGGAGCAGGCUUAGGCCCCCCAGCCCCAUCCCAAACCCUUCAGUGCCAAAAACAGCAAAACGAAAUGCCACCACCACCAACCACCACAACCCAAGGAGGACGAUGCACAGAUUUUCCUGGAGAAUAAAAGAAACCACUUUCCUGUCCCUUUUCUUUUUCUUUUUUUUUGUUUGUUUGUUUGUUUGUUUCUGUUGUUUGUUUUUGAUAUUCUUUUACCCUUUUACGUUUGCUAAGCGAGAAUGAUAAAUAACCAUGUACUACAAUAAGAAGAGAGAAACCCUGGCUAAUGAAGCCUGAAUCUUAAAAUGGAAGUCAUGGAACACUAACGAAGAAACUGGACUUUCUCUUUUAAUUCAGUUGUUAGUGUGUCUUAGUGUGUGUAAUUUGUUCCAUACUAACACCCACGGUUUGCGGGUUGGGUUAGGCCCCUCCCUUCUUCUUUCUCAUCCCCAACUCCUACCCAACCCUCUUCAGUUUUCAGAUUGAAGAUUCAAGAUUCAUUCCGCCUUGCAAGCAAGAAUGGAAAAUGGCAACCUUUAAAAAUAACCACCCUGGGGAUGUCCGUAUCACCCUCCACUCCUUGGCCCCGGGCCUUGGACGCAGACAGGCAUUGUUGGACAAUUGGGCCGCUUUCUCCAGAUGGAACACAGUCUAAGGAUUGAUUUAGUCAGGCAUGCGUGUGAAAAGCAACUCAGAAAAGGGGUGAUGGAGAAAACAAGGAAAUCUGUGUAGUCAGAGGGGGACUCUUGAAGUUACUGCUGCUCUGAAAAAGUUUUCUUUGAUAUGCAAGAGAUGUCCCACAGGUUAGAGAGGAUAUGGUGUAUUUCUUCAUAGUCAACCUCAACCCCGAGAAGUGUGUUCUGCUCAAAGGCACUGUGGUGGCUAAAGGUCAGUUGGCCUCCUGAAGCAAGUAGAACCUUGGGAAGAGCUGACAGCCAGGGCGAUAUCACUCGUGAUUCAUGGUUUUCCUUUGCUUGAUGAUGAGCAGGAACCCCCUUGUGGAGUAGACUCGCUUUCUCUGUGGAGCCUCUGAUGUGAGGGGAAAUGCCAUGCAAGUGAAUUAGGAAAGAAAAAUGAUGGAAGAAUUGUACAAGAAGAAAUCUCAUCAAAGCCUAAAAGCAAUACAGCUUUCCAUGAUGUACCCUGUCUUAGUUGUGGGGAACCAAAUUUGAAGUUUUGAGGGAAGCUGACGCCGAGAUCUUGGGUUUUUAUGUUAACACAGGGUUUAGCAUGUGGCCACAUAAUGUUCUGUCAUCUUUGAGAACAAGGAUGCCCAAGACUGAAUUAUUUGAAAACGAUAGGAAAAUUGAUUCUACUGAAAAUGACACUGGGAGACUCUGACAUCCCUGACCACAACCUCUAACACACAGAGGCUGUUCUUCCCUCUGGCUAAGACAGAAUGAGGACAUCGCCUUUCGUUGAUCAGAAUCAAUACACCCGUGACUGCAACUACGAAGCUGAAACAAAGCAGGACUAGAGAAGCAGCCAGGUCCUUGGAGAACCACCCAGGCUAAAACUUGGAUUGGAAGUGGGAGCCCCUGGUAUCGCUUUCUCGGAGACCCCCCACUCUCACUCUUGGUGCAACUGGCUUCCAGCUCUCCAGCAGCCACUCUCCUAGGUGCAUGAUUUAGUGUGUGCCAUGUGUCAUUAGCUUUUAUUCAUAACCAUAAUCUGGCUUGUUCCCUGACCACCUCGACCCAAUCUUACCUGCUAGAGAUCAUCAUUAGCGAGUGGCAGCGAAAUGUUUCAGAGUCUACCUAGAGAUAGGCGUAGUAUGACUGGCUUCGUCUGUGGAUUCUCUCAGUGGAUACCCACCAUCUCUAUGUCUCCCUUUUUAUCCUUUCAUCCUCCACCAUAGCAAAGAACCAUUCCAAAAUCAACUCUUCACCCUCACACCAAAAUGUUGUUCAGUUUCUUCCAAGUUCACGUGGGCAUGGGUCAUGAAGCAACACCUUCAAGAUGGAUUAUCACUUUUUGUUACUGCCAACUACCGUCUCUCCAACCCUCUGCCCUCACACUGGCCUUUCUCAGCCCUUAGCCUACCGGAAUCUGACAUGACCCACCAUUCGGGAGUCUGCAUUUUGGAAGAGUUGGAAAUAACCUCUACCAUCAACAUGCUUCAAAGACCUUUUGCCUUUGGUCUGGUAAGAUGCUCUCCAGUCCUGAGCCUACCAGCAACAUGAUCUGAUAGAGAGAGACUCUGCUGUGCUAGAAAUGAGGGUCUAUGCUAUUUGGGGGUCCAAGACUCUGGCAGAAGAUGCUUUUCAUCAGUGGAUGGGUGAAGGGAAAACAAAAGCAAGAAAAAAGUUAACUUGUAUUAUGUAUUUUUACUACUCUUUUCUUAAAAAUAGAGCAAUGGGAAAACUCUGAAAGAGAUUGACAUUUUUCUCAACAGGAAUCCAUACUUAACAGUUCCGGCUUUCAUUAAAUUUUGCUCUUUGGUA